CAUUUGGGGGGUAUCUGUACUGUGCUGACAUUUGGGGGGUAUCUGUCCUGUCCUGACAUUUGGGGGGAUAUCUGUACUGUCCUGACAUUUGGGGGGUAUCUGUCCUGUCCUGACAUUUGGGGGAUAUCUGUACUGUCCUGACAUUUGGGGGAUAUCUGU